CGAGGCGGCCGCUCCGGGGCGCCCGGCUCGCCCCUCCCGGAGGCCUGGGCCCGGCCUCACCGCGCCGGCGUCGCGCGCGAGCCCGGCUCCUGCCCUCCUGCCCCCCGCAGGUUGCAGGCUAUUUAUAGUGAAUUGAAAGUAGUUGUGUUUUCUGAAGAAGGGAAGGUGGAAUACUUUGCAAGUUGCAAGUCGAACAGAAAAAUAUGGCUCAGGAGACUAACCAGACCCCAGGGCCCAUGCUGUGUAGUACAGGAUGUGGCUUUUAUGGGAAUCCUAGGACAAAUGGAAUGUGUUCCGUUUGCUACAAAGAACAUCUUCAGAGGCAGCAAAAUAGUGGCAGAAUGAGCCCAAUGGGAACAGCUAGUGGUUCCAACAGUCCUACCUCAGAUUCUGCAUCUGUACAGAGAGCAGACACUAGUUUAAACAACUGUGAAGGUGCUGCUGGCAGCACAUCUGAAAAAUCAAGAAAUGUGCCUGUGGCUGCCUUGCCUGUAACUCAGCAAAUGACAGAAAUGAGCAUUUCAAGAGAGGACAAAAUAACUACCCCGAAAACAGAGGUGUCAGAGCCAGUUGUCACUCAGCCCAGUCCAUCCGUUUCUCAGCCUAGUACUUCUCAAAGUGAAGAAAAAGCUCCUGAGUUGCCCAAACCAAAGAAGAACAGAUGUUUUAUGUGCAGAAAGAAAGUUGGCCUUACAGGGUUUGACUGCCGAUGUGGAAAUUUGUUUUGUGGACUUCACCGUUACUCUGACAAGCACAACUGUCCAUAUGAUUACAAAGCAGAAGCUGCAGCAAAAAUCAGAAAAGAGAAUCCAGUUGUUGUGGCUGAAAAAAUCCAGAGAAUAUAAAUUACUACUUGUGAAGAGACUGAAACUUUGUUUUUAUUUUAAUAUAUCGUAGGAAAACAUUAAAGAGCAGAUGCAUGGCCAUUUUCCUUUGAUGUUCUCCAGAGUUUUACUUUACACUUGUCUGUCUUAUAAUUGAAAUUUUAGGAUGUUUGGGUGUUUGUUACAGGCAGAAAUGGAUAGAUACAGCCCUACAAAAUGUAUAUGCCCUCCCCUGAAUAAAAUUGGAUGAAAAUCUGCACAGCAAAUUGAAAUACACAGACGAUAGGGACAAAAUUUAGUUCCCACGUGCCAAACAUAAUCCGUGAAAUCUCUGCAUGUUUGCAGCAUAUCUGCCUUUUGGGAAUGUAAUCAAGGUAUAAUCUUUGGCUAGUGUUAUGUGCCUGUAUUUUUUAAAAAAAUGGUACACCAGAAAAGGACUGGCAGUCUACUUCUUCCAUAGUCCGACUUCACCCUGUUAAUUUCCACAACGUGUUCUUUGGAAGCAGGAGGAAAGCUAUAAAGAGGAUCAGACCUUUCCGUGAAACCAGUAUUUGGUGCCAUGUGUAAGCCUGGCUCAUUGGUCUGCUAAAAGCUGUCAAGUAAGACAUUCUGUGAAAGGUAAACAUCGCAACUGGUUAUCAUGAGUAAAGCCAUCAAGCCAACAGGGGCUUGAGCUCUCUUUGAAGCUUACUGUGCUGGCCUGCACCAGAAGAUGCCUGCAUUACUCUCAUUGCUCAAAAUGUUGUGUAGCACAGAACUGCACUAGGAUUAAUUUGUCUACAAGAAGAAAUUAAAACUACAUUUGGUUUUUACAUGCCGCAGCUCUAUUGAAUAACAUGCAUCUGAAUUUUAAGUUGCAAAGGUAUCUGAAAAGUUCAUUUUUCGUGUGCAUCUUUUGUUGACUGUUUUGGUUCAAGAAAGAAUGUUUAAAGCUUUUUUAAAGACUUCAGUUCUUAAUGUAACUGUACCUUCUGCAUGGAAAAUCAUAACCAACAUGGCUGCAGUAGACUUCUUAGUGGUAUCCAGCACCACUCGCAGAGGGCUGCGUUAUCCUAUUAAUUGUACUUGGGUGUAGGACUCUAGUGUUCUUGGGUGUAUUGCAUGGGCUGCAUUAUCUACAGCAUUGUACAAUAACAACUAGAAGAGGCAGUAUACUUCACUGAUGCUUGUCUGGUAAUAUCACUUCUGUGUCAUAAUGGAAGGUUUUUGUGAUGUAUGAAACUUGUGUUUUUUAUAUAUAAACGAGCAUAGUUAGAUUAGUAUUGUGGUAAUGCCUGUUUUCAUCUGUAAAUAGUUAAGUAUGUACACGAGGCACUACUUCUGAUUUAUUGCAGUGUUCAGUCCUAGUUUUUACUUUAAUUAAAGCAUUCGGUUUUGCUUUCGAUUUUUAUGUACCUUAGUUCGGAGUUAGAUCUGCAGAUGUGUACAGAUAGUUCAUAUUUAUGUAUUGCACAUAAUCAUGCUAUUCAGCAUCGAUGCUAUAUUGUAUUAUGUAAAUAAUAAAAGCCAUGUACAGAGGGAAA